AUGAUGAUCGACGCCGCCGUCUCCGCCUACUUCAACGGCGCCGGCAUAUUCAAGCACUUCAUCCUGAGUAGUGUGUUGAACAGCCAGUUUACCAAGAUGUUGAACCAUGACUGUAAACGCCAUGUCGAAGAGUGGAUCAUGGAAUCAGGGAUCCCAUAUACGAUUCUCCAGCCAAGCACUUUUAUGGACAAUAUCCCUGUUGCUAUGCUCGCAAAGCAGGAGAAGCCUGUGUUUCCGGCGCUGUGGAGCACAGAGAAUAAGUUCUCAAUGCUGGCUUUGAGUGAUUUGGCGGACGUGUUCAAGGUUGUGGCGGAGCAACGGGAGAGGCAUUUUUAUGCGCUGUAUCCGCUUACGUCGACGCAUAGGCCUAUUAGCUUUGGUGAGGCUUUGCGUGUCAUCGAAGGGAAGAUUGGCAAGGACGUGGCGGUUGAGAGAAAGGCUUUUAGAGAUGCGGUGGAUGCGUUGCUUAUGAGGUUGUAUAAGCUUGAAGAUGCUGAAGAUGCGGAUAAGAGGAGUACGGAUGCAGCAGAGAGGAUGAUUCUGUUCUAUAAUGGGAGGGGAUUGGUAGGGAACAGCAAUGUGAUGGAGUGGAUGUUGGGCAGGGAGGCUUUGCAGUUUGAGGAGUUUGUUGAUCAGACAAUUGGUGAGAAGCGAGAGCAAAGCAUGAGGCAAGCGACACAAUAG